AUGGCAGGUAAGAGAAAGAGAGCAGCUGAAGCAGAGGAAGAGUCUGCUGACGAAACAAGUAGUAAGGAAGAAACUCAAGAGGAAGAGGAGACUGAAAAGAAGCCUAAAAAGACAAAGAAGAAGGAAACAACCAAGAAGGCUCCUGCAAAGAAGACUGCAACAAAAGGAGCAGCAAAGAAGGGAGCCAAACCAACCAUCAAGAAUGAAUCAGAAGCCAAGUCAAUGAUCCAUGAAUAUUUAAAGAAUCAGAAUAGACCUUACAGUCUUCAACAAGUAAUUGAUAAUAUGGGAGGUCAAAUUAAAAAGGCUAUGGUGACCAAGUGUUUGGAUAAAUUGGAGGGUGAAGGAGAGUUGGUGAUGAAAGCAAAUGGAAAGCAAAAGAUGUGGUUCAGAAAUCAGGCUGAUCUCGAAGUCUUGUCAAAGGAGGAACUCAAACAAAUAGAUAUUGAAAUCAGAGAUAUUCAAAAGGAGUUAUCAUCAUACAAGAUUUCUAACCAAGAGCUUACUGCCGAACUCAACAAGUUGAACAAGGCACCAACAACAGAAGAAUUGAAGGGUAUGAUUGAAAAGGAAAGAAAAGAUCUUUUGGGAAGGCGUGAGAAAUUAGAAAGAUUAGAGAAUGGUUCAAUCAAAUUAGUAUCUCCACAAGAAAAGAAGGAUGCUGUUGCAGGUCUUGAAAAGUAUCUGAAAGAAUGGAGAAAGAGAAAAGAGUUGGCCAUGACUAUGCUACUCGGUUUUGCAGACAAAGCAGAGAUGAAGUUAGCAGAUCUAACGGAAGAAAUUGGAAUUGACACUGAUGAAAGUGUCCAUGUAGAUAUUAAAACAAUUGGAAAACUCAACUACUAA